GCUCGCUGAACAAACCAAAAAGAACAAACGAAAGCUCACAAGAGUCACUCAUUAGAAGCUUCAUUCAUCAUCAAAUGCAAAGAAGUUCACACAAUGUCUCUUCUCUGUGAUCUUCAAAUCAAUCUCAAUCAAGACUUCACUUUCUUUGUCAACAAGGGUUUGAUCUCAGAGUACUCAGGGUUCUUGAAGAAGAUGAUAAAACAGAACAACAAGAACAAUAGAAUCAUUCUCCAUAUCGAAGACUUUCCAGGUGGAUCAAAUGGGUUCGACUUGGUUUCAAGAUUCUGUUACACUAAUGGCCGAGGAAUCUCAAUCAAUGUCUCAAAUGUCUCCAUCUUGUAUUGUUCUUCUGUGUUUCUUGAGAUGACAGAGAAUCUCUCGCUUCAAACAGAGAAGUUUCUUGAAGGAAUGUUCUACUGGUCAUGGAACGACAUAGUUUCAUGCCUUAAGAGCUGUGAGCAAGUGUUCUUACACGCAGAUUCGUACGGUCUUGUCGAUAAGCUAGUUUUCGGGGUUUUGGCAAAAAUCGCUCAGGGUUCGGACAUGAGUCAAGUCUUUGCCUCAAUCUCAACAUCUUCCUCUGCUUCAACCUCUUCUAUGUCACCAGAGACGGCAAAGACUAGGUCAACUUCGAGAUCGUUUUCUUGCAAGACAAGCAACGAGUGGUGGUUUGAAGAUUUGUCAAGUCUCGGGCCAAAAAUCAUCGAGAAGCUGGUAAAGAACCUUGGAUCUUACGAUCAGAACAAUGACAGUUUAGUCCUAACAAGAUUUCUCCUCCAUUACCUCAAGACAAAGGUCCAUUACAAAUCAAACAACAAGCUCGAGUAUGCAGGUUUAGCUGAUACAGCGGUUCAGGGAGUGAUCUUGAUUGCGAAAACCGCGUUUUGCUGCAGGAAACUCCUCUGGGUUCUUCGGGUUUUAUCGGGUUUUAGCAUCAGCAAGGAGUCAAGAAAUGGUUUAGAGAGAGUCAUAGGAGAAAUGUUAGAUCAAGCAACACUUGAUGAUCUUCUGAUACCGACAAGAGAGAAGGGAGAAAAAGGGGUUUAUGAUGUUGAUUUGGUGAUAAGGUUACUCAAAGUGUUCGUGAGUAGUUGUAACACAGAAGGAGAUGAGGAUUUGAAGUUUAGAAGAAUGGGAAAGUUGACUGAUAAGUAUCUGAGAGAGAUAUCUCCAGACCAGAAUCUUGAAGUGUCAAAGUUUCUUGAAGUUGCUGAGAGUUUGCCAGGUUCAGCUAGAGAUUGGUUUGAUGGACUAUUCAGAGCCAUUGACAUCUAUCUGGAGUCUCAUCCAAAUCUAUCAUCCGGAGAUAGAACAAAACUAUGUCGAUGUUUAAACUACAAGAAACUAACACUGGAGAUAUGCAAACAACUUGCAAAAAAUCCCAAGAUCCCUCCAAGUAUUGCAGUUCAAGCACUCAAGUCACAACAACUAUCGAACGAAACUCUACCAGACUCAAGAGAAGACAAGAUUAAACUAAACAAGACAAGGAAUUCGCGCAAGUACUUAGAAGAGAAACCGAUACUGGUGCGUCUGAAAGGAUUUGGGAUAUCAGAGAGAUUAGUUGAUGGGUUUGAAGAUGAUCUAAGGGUGGAUUUAGAGAGGAGGCAUUGGCAUAAAGUGAUGGAUCAUUCUGAAAAGGUUUGUAAGGAAAAGAAGAGUGAAAUAGUGUCAAGAUUGGCGACUCAUGGACAUUUUCAUUCGAGUUCUAAUUUUCCAAGACUUUGUUAAUCAACUACAUUCCUAAAUUUGUGUUGUUUCUCUUUAUAUAUAUUUAAAUCGAGAUCAUCAUAUAAUCAUCACCCACAUGCACUACUCAGGGUAUAUUACAAGCAGUUGCAUGCGUCAAAAAACUGUAGUUUUGAGAAUGCAUGUAAUUCUGUUACUUUGGAUGCAAAUAAAUCAACAUAUUGGCCUUUCAAAAAUCAUGCGUUGAGCAUUAUGUAUAAAACAAUUCAAAAUCAAAAUCACGGGAGGAAUAUUUUCUUGGCCAUAUACGUCACAUGCCUCCCUAGAUUUGAAAUUCUUGAAAAUGAGAUUCGUUCAUGAAUAAUGGUACUUAGUACUAUACCACAAACGUAGACUAAAACUGUCAUACCCUAACAUACCCACUUUUGUGCAUCUUGCUAAAAUGUACUUUUACAGAAUCUUUGUUCACUGUUGUCACGAAAAUAAACGUUUUACCAUGUAGACCCGAACUGCAGCUGUAAAAGUUAUGACAGAUAUAUUGUUUUGUUUUUUUUUUGAAACACGACAUAUAUAUUAUUUAGAUGACAAAAAAUGGUUGGAUUGAUAGUCCAAUAAUGUUCUGAAAAACAACUCCCAAAUUACGCCACAAACAAAUCUAUUUACCAAAUCACAAGUUUAUCAAACUAUAUUGUCCCAAGGAAAAAAGGGUAGUUAUUUUGGAGAUUUAAAUAUUCUCAAAUAACCAUGUUAUUAUGACAUAAUUGGAUUUGUAUCUUCUUCUUCAUGGUUUACUAUAAUAAAACUCAAAAUAAGAUUUAGAAGUGAAUGUAAAGUAGCUAAGCUUUCUUCAAGCUCAUUGAUAUGACUUUUCAACAUUGCCAUCCCCCAAAAGGCAAUGGCCAUUUUCACGAAUCUGGAAUUCACAAUUUUAGUCACUGAUUUGGGCUUUGUUUUGCAAAAAUAUAAUCAAAGUUAUACAAAAUAAGAAAACACUUAAGACAAUAAGUCUUGCAGUUAAUGAUAGCUGAGCUGAGAUUUGAGCCACAAUCAAAACACCAAAAUCAAACCCUAAACCUAAAUCGUUUCUCAAA